UUGUGGUAAACUGCCUAGGUGUGCCAGGCAGUGGUGUGUUAGGGAAGAAUUGACUGUGUAUUUGUGUACGUGUGUGUGCGUGUGUGCGUGUGUGCGUCUGUGUGUGUCUGUGUGUGUGUGAAUGUGUGUAUUGGGGACAAGGCUGUUUCUGGAGCACCAGAGGGUCGGUCAGCGCGAAUGACUCCGACAUAUUUAAGUGCCUCCGACAUACAAUGGCUGACGUGUGGGACAGGGAGAAGGCUACUAGCCCAGGAGGGGAAGAACGGUCUCCUUUGCAGCAAAAGCCUCAGAGACCCAAAACAAGGGACUGCGCAACAGCAUGUUGGUGCUUCGUCAAACGCCAGCUGUCCCGGGUGGGGGACGACUGGUACUUUCUCUUCAUUCUCGGUGUGCUGAUGGCGCUCAUCAGCUUCGCAAUGGACUUCACCGUGGUCAAACUUUUCAGAGCGCAGCGGUGGCUCUACGAGAAGUUGGACGGCAAUGGCCUGCUACAGUACAUGGCCUGGAUCGUGUACGCAGUCACCUUGACAACCUUCUCCACCGGCUUCUCCCAGUGUGUGUCUCCACAGUCAGGAGGUUCGGGCAUUCCUGAGCUGAAGACUAUCUUGACCGGAGUGCUUCUGGAGGAGUACCUCACCAUGAAGACCCUGGCAGCAAAGGUGGUGGGCUUAACCUGCUCCCUGGCAGCCGGCAGCACCAUCUUCUUGGGGAAAGUGGGGCCAUUUGUCCACAUCUCCAGCAUGAUCGCCGCCUACCUGGGAGGGAUUCGAACUACAGUCACCAGGGAUUACGAGAACAAGAGCAAGCGCUACGAGAUGCUGGUGGCGGCGGCGGCAGUGGGUGUAGCCAGUUGUUUCGGCGCCCCCAUCAGCGGUGUGCUGUUCAGUGUGGAGGUGACAUCGUCCCACUUUGCGGUGCGUAACUACUGGAGGGGAUUCUUCGCUGCUACCUGCGGCGCCUUCAUGUUCCGCCUCCUCUCGGUGUUCAACAACGAGCAAGAAACCAUCAUCGCUCUUUUCAAGACAAAGUUCAAAGUUGACUUCCCGUUCGAUUUACCAGAAACAUUCAUCUUCAUCAUCCUCGGAGCCAUCUGUGGGAUCCUGAGCUGCUUUUACCUCUUCUGUCAGCGGCGGCUGGUGGGAUACGUCCGGAGAAACCCUUUCGUCCAGAGGUUCACGGCCACAGAGAAAGCCGUCUACUCUGGAGUAGUGACCUUACUCUUGGCAUCUAUUACCUUCCCUGCUGGCUUGGGGCAGUUCAUGGCUUCCAGGCUGACCAUGAAGGAGCUGCUCUCUUCACUCUUUGACCAUCGGCCAUGGGGGGCGCUCUCCCUCAACGGCAGCCUGGACCUGCACUCACAGGUGGACCCCGACAAUCUCUGGGUGGAUUGGUGCCACCCCACCUUCACCUUUUAUGGCACACUCAUGUUCUUCUUGUUCAUGAAGUUCUGGAUGUUGAUCCUCGCCACCACUGUACCGAUGCCAGCCGGAUACUUCAUGCCUGUACUGAUAUACGGGGCAGUUAUCGGCCGUAUAGUUGGUGAACUCAUGGCUUUUAUAUUUCCCAAUGGCAUCAAGUCAGAAGGAGUUUUGAACCCGAUCAUCCCUGGAGGAUAUGCCCUCGCUGGAGCAGCGGCGUUCUCUGGAGCCGUGACCCACACGCUCUCCACCGCCCUACUGGUAUUCGAACUCACCGGACAAAUCGCCCACUUCCUGCCCGUCCUACUGGCCGUGCUGGUCGCCAACGCCAUCGCGCAGAAGUUCCAGCCGUCCUUCUACGACGGAACCAUUAUUGUUAAAAAGCUGCCGUACCUGCCGAGGAUCAGGAGCACCGCCACUGGUUCGUACAGUGUGACUGUGGGACAGUUCAUGAACACCGACCUCCAGUGCUUGGCCCAGGGUCUCAGCUCCACACAACUCCUGCAAGUCCUCAUCUCAACGUCUGACCCCAUUUACCCUGUUGUCGAGAGCACAGAGUCCAUGGUGCUUGUGGGGUCCGUUCAAAGGAGUGAACUUAUCAAAUUUCUUCAGAAUGAAGCAGAACAGAUAAGAGACAAUGAGAAACUGCAAGCGAAAGACGAGGGCAUGGUGAAGCUGGAGGGGAGAUGGCGCAUUGAUCCAGUAACCUUCCAACUAUCUCCCAGCACAUCCCUGCACCAGGCUCAUAAGCUGUUCGAGCUGCUGGUCCUCCAGCACACGUUUGUCAUCUCUGAGGGCAGGGUCGUCGGUUACGUCACCAGAGCUGAGCUAAAGAAUGUGAUCGAAGAGCUGGCAAACGGGCGGGUGCCAGACACAGAGUGACAGCCACUGAAGAGGAGAGCGGUGCCAUUUUACACGCCAGCCCUGCAACCCUGGCCCAGAGUAUAUUUAACCAGACAACACCCGCACCACCACAUGGUGGUUCCCCGUCAUGCAUUCCAAUUCACCUCCUUACAUUCCAAAAUGUACCACAUCGGUGACCCUCAGACUAUCCUUGAUCGGACUUUGCUGGCUUUAC